AUGAUUCCCGUGACCGAGUUUCGCCAGUUCUCAGAGCAGCAGCCGGCGUUCAGGGUGCUGAAGCCCUGGUGGGAUGUGUUCACGGACUAUCUCUCCGUCGCCAUGCUGAUGAUCGGUGUGUUUGGGUGCACACUACAGGUCAUGCAAGACAAGAUAAUAUGCCUUCCAAAGCGCGUACAGCCUUGCCAGAACCAAUCUAAUAGUUCAAAUGUGUUUAACACAAUCCCAGACACAACCCCCCUUCCUCCACCCAAGCCAUCCACCCCUCCAGCUACAGUUGAAAUGAAAGGACUGAAGACUGAUUUGGACCUUCAGCAAUACAGCUUUAUAAAUCAGGUGUGCUAUGAACGUGCCCUGCACUGGUAUGCCAAGUACUUCCCUUACCUUGUCCUUAUACACACACUGGUCUUCAUGCUGUGUAGUAACUUUUGGUUCAAAUUCCCGGGAUCGAGCUCCAAAAUUGAACACUUCAUUUCAAUACUCGGGAAAUGUUUCGAUUCUCCCUGGACGACAAGAGCCUUAUCCGAAGUGUCAGGGGAAGACUCUGAAGAGAAAGAUAACAGGAAGAACAACAUAAACAAGUCUAAUACUAUCCAGCCAAGCACUGAAGGCACUUUGGUCAAGACACAGUCUUUAAAAUCAAUCCCUGAGAAGUUAGUUGUGGAUAAGGGAACACCUGGGGCAUUAGAUAAGAAGGAAGGUGAACAGGCCAAAGCACUGUUUGAAAAGGUGAAGAAAUUCAGACUGCAUGUUGAGGAGGGUGAUAUACUCUACGUCAUGUACGUUCGCCAGACUGUACUUAAGGUAAUUAAAUUCCUUAUUAUUAUUGCUUACAACACAGCACUUGUCUCAGAAGUUAAUUUUACAGUAGUCUGUAACGUUGAUAUAGAAGACAUGACAGGAUAUAAGAAUUUUUGCUGUAAUCACACGAUGGCCCAUCUAUUCUCUAAACUUUCCUACUGCUACCUGUGCUUUGUCAGCAUCUAUGGCCUCACAUGCCUUUACACCCUAUACUGGCUGUUCUAUCGUUCACUGAAAGAAUAUUCUUUUGAAUAUGUUCGGCAAGAGACGGGAAUUGAUGAUAUCCCAGAUGUGAAGAAUGACUUUGCUUUUAUGCUUCAUAUGAUCGAUCAGUAUGAUCCUCUCUAUUCCAAGCGAUUUGCUGUCUUCCUGUCUGAAGUCAGUGAAAAUAAGCUGAAACAGCUGAACCUAAACAACGAGUGGACUGCAGAUAAACUGCGACAGAGGCUACAGACGAACUCCCAUAGCCAUUUGGAGCUACAGCUUUUCAUGCUCUCUGGACUACCAGACACAGUUUUUGAAAUUACUGAGCUGCAGUCUUUAAAACUUGAAAUAAUUAAUAAUGUAAUGAUACCAGCAACCAUUGCACAGCUGGACAAUCUCCAGGAGCUCUCGUUGCACCAGUGCUCUGUGAAGAUCCACAGCGCCGCCUUGGCGUUUCUGAAGGAAAAUCUCAAGAUCUUGAGUGUCAAGUUUGACGACAUCAGAGAACUUCCACACUGGAUGUAUGGCCUCAGAAAUUUGGAAGAGCUCUAUUUAAUUGGCUCCCUAAGUCACGAUAUUUCCAAAAACAUUACACUGGAGUCUUUUCGGGAACUUAAAAGCCUUAAAGUUCUUUACAUAAAAAGCAAUUUGUCCAAAAUCCCACAAUCUGCAGUCGAUGUUUCAAGUCACCUGCAAAAAUUGUGCAUCCAUAAUGACGGCACUAAGUUAGUGAUGCUCAACAACCUGAAGAAGAUGGUCAACCUGACACAGCUGGAAUUGGUUCAUUGUGAUUUAGAGCGCAUUCCUCAUGCAGUCUUCAGCCUUCUCAGUCUUCAGGAAUUGGAUCUAAAGGAAAACAACCUCAAAUCCAUUGAAGAAAUAGUAAGUUUUCAACAUCUGCGAAAACUGACAAUCCUAAAGCUGUGGUACAACAGUAUAACGUACAUCCCAGAGCAUAUAAAGAAACUCACUAGUCUCGAGCGGCUUUCCUUCAGCCAUAACAAAAUAGAGGUUCUUCCAUCCCACCUAUUCCUAUGCAACAAAAUCAGAUACUUGGAUUUGUCUUACAAUGACAUUCGCUUUAUCCCACCUGAAAUAGGAGUUCUGCAGAGUUUACAAUACUUUUCCAUUACUUGCAACAAAGUGGAGAGCGUGCCAGAUGAACUAUACUUUUGCAAAAAACUUAAGACUCUGAAAAUUGGGAAAAAUAACUUGUCUGUCCUUUCACCUAAAAUUGGUAAUUUGGUAUUCCUCUCCUACUUGGAUAUUAAAGGCAAUCACUUUGAAAUCCUCCCACCUGAGCUGGGUGAAUGUAGAGCUCUGAAGCGGACUGCUUUCACUGUAGAGGACACCUUGUUUGAAACAUUGCCUUCUGAUGUCAGGGAACAAAUGAAAGCUGAAUAGCUAACUCCUCUCGCUCAGUUUUACAGAAAUAACGCUUCUACCAAAUACGCUGUAGAAAGUGCAUACUCCGAAUGUGCAUUUAGCUUGUCAUUAUUUUUUUCUUUUUCAAACAAAUCCUUUCUGUACAAACAAAUUUGGAGUAAGGACUACAUAUAUUUUUAAAUAAAAUUUUCUCGUAUUUUUUCACUGUUUUAAGGUAUUUUUUAAGUUUGUUUUGCCCUGAGAACAAGGGUUUCUGUAACUUAAUUUUUACUGGUAAAAGUAAAUGGUUUUAUCUGCUGAUGUUUUUUUUCCUUUGCCUAAUCCCAACAGGGGAACUGUGUUUAAGCUCUAUGCUUUGGGUUGCAUAAUUUGUAAUAGAUGAUUAUAUUGUCUUCCUGGUUAUUGUUAAUUCCUGAGCUUGUGGUCUUCAACGGGUGAUGCUGCAGGUGUUGAAUGCCCUGUUUCCUCUUUUCUUCAGUGGCAGUAGAAGGUGUUCAACAU